GCAUGCGAGCACUCUUCACCAUCUGGACACGUCUGCGCCCCGCAAGCAGUACGACACACUGUGAGUGGAAGGAUGAGUUUGAGCUCAUACGUGUAAAAGCGCGCCACUCUUUGCAGGUGCCUGCAGAGGCCAACGGCUGCCAAGGCCCUUGCUGGAGGCCCUCCGGACUGUUCCCAGACCCGGCCGACUGCUGCGGUUUCUUUAGUUGUGCAUCGUGCCGCGCUUACCGACUACGCUGCGCACCGGGCACCGUGUUUGACCGGCGCUUGGGGCUCUGCAACCACCCUCACGAUGCACCCGUCUGCCUGGCGCCCAAUCCAGGGUGCUACCUCUACUACCUAAGCUCGUCACUCAGCGGGAAGAAAUGAAACUACAGCGGCCAGUAGCAGCAAUAUCAACAACAGCAACAACUCACAAAGCUAAGGAGUGUGCCUUCGUGAUCCUCGAAGCAGGACGGUGGACCCGACGAGCCCAGAUUAAACAAGAAAAAGAA